CUCUAUGUAUCGCCAUCAGGAACCAAGAGGCUCGCAUCUAGAGUUCAAGGAGAUGCUCUUGCAAUUUGCAUAGCACCAUAUCUUCCCUUCACUUUCCUUCUCCUUCCUUUUCUCUGACCUUGUCCUCCUUCGCUUUUCCGGGCGCACUUUCCGCAGCUCCCGACCUUGCGCCACAUACAUUGCCCGCGCGGCACUCCAACUUAUGUCGCACCAUUAUCCGUGAAGGCCCACCAUCGGAACCUCGAAUACCCCAUCACUCGAACCACACCAUCCAACCAAUAGUUCAAAAUGGGUUACCUCCUCUACAGCCUAACCUUCCUCACCCUCAUCACGGGCACCCUCCUCUACCUGAACCGCGCCCGUUGGCUGCCCGCGUUCCAAGACUCGGUCGCCCACCUACAAGACACCGUUCGCUUCCCGGGAAGCGACUAUCUCUACUCACGGCUCGCGCCGGCGGGGUCCUUCGAGGACGACAUCGAGGCGGGCCUAUCGUCGUCGACCUUCGACCUGGCGGGUAACGUUGCGGACGGGGACAGCCGGGCGGGACUGGAUGACGGGGCCAAGAGGGAGAUAUUAAACAUCAUGAAGAAGAGGCGGCUCAAGUUUGAUGAAGCACGCAAGGUGUAUAUGGAGCAGAGGUUUAGGGAGAAUGGAAUUGGCGCGGAUGGGAGGCCGAGGGAUCCUAAGUUUGUUAGCUUCUCGUGA